GCCGAGUUUAAAUUAGCCGUGACUAGCGCGCCCCUUCCUAAGGGGUAUAUUAUUUCCAUCGUCGGAUUCCGCAUCUGACGGUACAGAACGAGAAAGGAACGCUAAAUUCACGUGUCGCAGUAGAAGAAGGAAAUGGCGUCGUCGCGUCAACUUGUCGGAGUCUCGACAUGUAGGAGUCAAAGUUCGUCGGGGCAAUAGCAGCCUGUUUGGCUGGGAGCCAUGUCACAUCCUGUCCAAUAGCGAGAGAAGGGCCGGAUAUAGUAGGGGCGGACUGGCCGAACUGACCUUACUUGCCGUUGAAGCUGUCGUCGUCUACUAGCCUGGGCUAGGAACAGCGAGGACAGGGGAGAGUACAGACAGAGAGGACAGUGGACAGGCACUCACUGAUGAAGGGGUGACAGGCUCGAGGCCGCAGCAGGGCAGAGAGGGAGCUGCGCUGCAGUCCAGUACUAGCUAGCCGAGAAGGAGACAACAGCGACGAGGCGAGGCGAGCAGAGGAGACGAGCGCAGGCGAGUGCAGAGGAGAGGUUUGAUUUUGAAGGGGAUUCCUCUCCGAUCUCCCUCGCUGCCUGCCUCGCUUCCUCCUGGCUGGCUGGCUGGGGCUGGUCUGGCUGGCUGAGCCUCCCCAUCGGUAACUUUUACUCAUGGACCCAGCCGCAGUAGAAGAAAUCCUUUUUGGCCAGCCUCUGGAUGCCGCUAUCCCUUCACCUUCCGCAAGAUAUAUUAGGGCCUGGUUCCGAGGUGGGAGUAGAAUCCUUCUCGAGUAUUACAGCGUCCUUGAAUUUGCGAGAGUAUGCUUCCCUCGCAUUCUCAUUUCCUCUCGAGAAGCGGCUGCUGCUCCUUCGCCUUGCAAGAAUAAGUGUUGAUUUGAACUCGUCUGCUCGCUGCUCGUCCCAGUGCAGGAUUCACGUUUGCGACGAGUGGUUCAGUUCUCUCUCGUUCAUCAACAAUGGCUCUCUCUGUGGUCGCACUCAGAAAUCUUGCGGUCCUGGCCUUGGUAUUGCUCCUCUCGGCAAGCAUGGAGAGGAGUGGCGUGGCCGCGCAGGCGGACGCCCCUGCGCCCGCUCCGGAGCCAGGAUCAGGCGUAGGAUCCAUUCUGCCGUCGCUCGUUGCUCCUGCAUUGGUUUCGCUUCUGUCUUUUCUGGCUGUCAAGAACUUGUGAGGCCGCCGGCUGGGACUGACAUGCAACAACAACAUCAACGACAAAUCACAGCAACCAGCUGAAAGGUCGCGGACAGAGAGUUACCUGAAACUUUGGAGAAGGGCAGAGGGAAGGUCAUCCAGGAAAGGAUGCCAUGACUCCGUGUACACUACUACGUCUUUUCGCUUCAACAAAUUGUGUCGAAGCUCAGUAUUCAAGAUUGGGGUUUGAUUGGCUCAUUGGUCAAAUCAUUGAUGUCGUUUUUUUACGACGAUGGCGAAGCAUUCGAAAUGGAGGACGAGAUGUUUUUUUUCUUCAAAUCUGUCGUCCGAGGCUAUAUUUCUGAGCGUAGGUAGAGAGUAGUGUAGGUUAGAUUAGUGGUUUUUUAUUCGCUCAGCAUCAUGUUGUCGAUUAUAACGGAAGGAGUACUGUAAAACGUCGCUUGUGGGUUUAAUUAUUCUUCCAUACGAAAUAAUAAAUCGUCCCAGACGGGACUUGAU